AUGAAGUUCAUUCUACCUCUACUUGCACUCAUUGCUUCGGCCCUGGCUCUCCCAGCCCCAGAUGAAAACUCUCUCGCCUUGAGAGAUAUUACAGCGCUCGCUGAGGCUGAACUGGACGCUCGUGAAGCGUCUGGGCUGCUGGAGAGUCGUAAAUGCCUCAAGAAAGGGGCAAUCUGCUGGCAAAGUACCAAGUGUUGCAACAAGUUGUGUGCCAUGAACAAGGGCAAAGGAGCCUUGACUUGCGGUGGUGUUUAG